CACUUAGGGUGCUAAUUUGGACAAAUACAGUGUGCUUGUGUACUGUGUAACAGGUGACCAUGCCCACACCAGAGUCGGCUAAUGCUGCAGCUUACGGCUCGUCUCCCGGGGGAUAUCCCACAAAUCCCAGUGGUCCUGGACAAAUAGGAUUCGGGGAUAUGCCAUCAGCAGGAUUUGGUGGUGGCCCUGGAUAUGGCGCACCCCAGCCAGGAUUUGGUGGUGCCCCACAGCCAGGAGGAUACCCACAGCAACCUGGGGGUUACCCACAACAGCCAGGAUUUGGUGGGGCCCCACCCCAGCAGUCAUUUGGGGGUCCACCUCCUCCCUCCCAGCAGAAUAUGUACGGUGGUCCAGGAUUUGGUGGCCCCCAGCAGCCACCUGUUAGUGGUGCACCAGGAUACCCUCAGCAGCCACCUGUGAGUGGUGCACCAGGAUACCCUCAGCAGGGAGGAUAUGGAGCACCUGCCCCACAGCAGCCAGGGUAUGGGCCACCACAAAGUCAACCACAGAGUUUUUCAAAUACACCCUCCUAUGGGGGAACUUCAGGAAUGGGUCAGCCCCAGGGUCAGAAUUAUGGAGCCCCAACCCAGCCAUCAGGACAGAGCUACUCUAAUCCUGCUGCUCCAGCUUACGGCCAAGGUCAACCCUCAGAGGCUCCCAGUGCUGCCAAUGCCUACAAGGCUAAAGAGGAGCCCACCCUCAGACCAGCUAGGAACUUUAAUGCUGAAAAUGAUGCUAACAUUCUGAGGAAAGCAAUGAAGGGCUUUGGAACUGAUGAAAAAGCUAUUAUAGAUGUUCUGGCUUACCGUUCAUGUGAGCAAAGACAACAAAUCAAAAUCAUGUUUAAAACCAUGUUUGGAAAGGAUCUAGUGAAGGACUUGAAGAGUGAGUUAGGAGGGAGAUUUGAAGAUGUUAUCAUUGGUCUGAUGAUGUCGGCAUCAGAGUAUGAUGCUUAUGAACUCAAGAGAGCAAUGAAGGGUCUUGGCACAGAUGAGGAUGCAAUGAUAGAAAUACUGUGUAGCCGUUCUAACAAACAGAUAAAGGAAAUCAAUGAAAUCUACAAAAAAAUGUAUGGUAGAACUUUGGAACAGGAUAUCAUUAGUGAUACAUCGGGACAUUUCAAACGACUUAUGGUGUCAUUAGCUAAUGGAGGCCGCAUGGAGAAUCAGACUGUGGACAUGAGAAAGGCACAAGAGGACGCCCAGAGACUAUACUCUGCUGGAGAGAAGAGACUGGGAACAGAUGAGUCCACAUUUAAUUCACUGUUAGCAUCCCAGGGGUAUGAACAAUUAAGAGCCGUGUUUGAUGCCUAUCACAAGAUUUCUGGGAAGGAUAUAGAACAGGCCAUCAAGAGUGAAAUGUCAGGAAACCUGGAGAUAGGCAUGGUAGCUAUUGUAAGAAUUGUACAGAACAGACCAGGAUAUUUUGCCAGGAAACUUUAUCAUUCUAUGAAGGGAAUGGGAACAGAUGACAAAACUCUCAUUAGAAUUAUCAUAACAAGGGCCGAGGUGGACAUGGUUCAAAUUAAACAGGAGUUCCAAAAACAGUUCGGUAAAACACUAGAUGGCUUCAUAAGGGAUGACACAUCAGGUGACUACAGGAAGGUAUUGCUGGCAUUAGUCUCCCAAGGAGGCUACUAAGGUGGUCAGACUAAUUACCAGAAUUAGCAAUAACCUAAAUACAUUAUAUUUACCCUGUAAUGCUAAGGACUUAGUUAUAAGUGUUUGUGUGUCUUUGUUAUCUGUAAAUGUUUUCUGCUUUGAUUAAAUUAAUCAUUGUAUAGCUAUUAUUUCAUAUACAAUCUGUUAGAUCCACUUGCAUACUUACUACACUAUUGACUAAUGUGUGAAGCGAGUAUGUGAGCCGAUCUAACAUUUAAUUUUAAUCAGAUUGCUUCUGACAUGUACCGGUAAUAUUUAUUGGAUAUAAACAUGAAAUUGUUUUGUUUAAAUCCAUUUU